AUGGUCAACUCCUGUUGUGGCUCUGUCUGCUCUGAGGAGGGCUGUGGCCAAGGCUGCUGCCAGCCCAGCUGCUGCCAGACCACCUGCUGUAGGACCACCUGCUGUCGUCCCAGCUGCUGUGUGUCCAGUUGCUGUAGGCCCAGCUGCUGUCGUCCCAUCUGCUGUGCCCCUGCUGUCCGCCCUAGUUGUUGUGUGUCCAGCUGCUGCAGGCCCCAGUGCUGCCAGUCUGUGUGCUGCCAGCCUACCUGCUGCCGCCCCAGCUGCUGCCGCCCCAGCUGCUGCCGCCCCAGCUGCUGCAGGCCUAGCUGCUGCCGCCCUAGCUGCUGUGUGUCCAGCUGCUGCAGGCCCUCUUGCUGCAUCUCCAGUUGCUGCCGCCCCUGCUGCGGUAGUUCUAGCUGUUGUGGAUCCAGCUGCUGCCGUCCCACCUGCUGCAUUUCUAGCUGUUGCAGGCCUUCUUGCUGCCGCCCCAGCUGCUGUGUUUCCAGUUGCUGCAGGCCCCAGUGCUGCAUCUCUAGCUGUUGCCGCCCCACCUGCUGCCAGACCACCUGUUGCAGGACCACCUGCUGCCGCCCAGCAUGCUCCAGUGGUUCUUGCUGCUGA